UCUUAGUUAAUUUAUAGUUCAUCACCGAAAUAGUCAUAUUUUUCUUAUUGGAGCACUGAAAAGUCUUGUGUAAUAAUUACAGUCGCUAAUAAUCUUGAAUAAUAAUAUAUAAGGCUAUUUUUAUAAUUAUUUAUAAUGCGUGAAUGCAUAUCAAUACAUGGGGGGCAGGCAGGCGUCCAGAUUGGCAAUGCUUGCUGGGAGUUAUAUUGUUUGGAACAUGGAAUACAGCCAGAUGGGCAAAUGCCCUCUGAUAAAACCGUUGGCGGAGGAGAUGAUUCCUUCAAUACUUUCUUCAGUGAAACGGGUGCUGGUAAACAUGUGCCCAGGGCAGUUUUUAUUGAUUUGGAGCCCACGGUUGUAGAUGAAGUGCGUACCGGGACAUACAGGCAACUUUUCCACCCCGAGCAACUAAUUACAGGCAAAGAAGAUGCUGCAAAUAAUUACGCUCGUGGUCAUUAUACCAUUGGAAAAGAAAUAGUUGACCUUGUUUUGGACAGAAUAAGAAAAUUAGCUGAUCAAUGCACCGGUCUACAAGGUUUUCUUAUAUUUCACUCCUUCGGUGGCGGAACUGGCUCCGGCUUUGCAUCGCUUCUCAUGGAACGUCUAUCCGUAGAUUACGGUAAGAAGUCCAAGUUGGAAUUUGCAAUUUAUCCUGCUCCACAAAUAUCUACAGCAGUUGUUGAGCCCUAUAAUUCAAUACUCACCACACACACUACACUAGAACACUCAGAUGCAGCAUUUAUGGUUGACAAUGAAGCUAUUUACGACAUUUGUAGAAGAAAUUUGGACAUUGAAAGACCAACGUACACAAAUUUAAACCGACUGAUUGGACAAAUAGUCUCGUCAAUAACAGCUUCCCUCAGAUUUGAUGGUGCGUUGAAUGUCGAUUUAACUGAAUUUCAAACAAACUUAGUGCCAUACCCUCGCAUUCAUUUCCCGUUGGUUACCUACGCACCAGUGAUUUCAGCUGAAAAAGCUUACCAUGAACAAUUAUCAGUUGCUGAAAUAACAAACGCGUGCUUUGAGCCAGCUAAUCAAAUGGUCAAGUGUGACCCUAGACAUGGAAAAUAUAUGGCUUGUUGUAUGCUGUAUCGAGGGGAUGUAGUACCUAAAGAUGUGAAUGCUGCAAUUGGUACGAUAAAAACUAAACGUACUAUUCAAUUUGUGGAUUGGUGUCCUACUGGGUUCAAGGUUGGAAUUAACUAUCAACCUCCGACCGUGGUACCUGGAGGCGAUUUGGCGAAAGUCCAGCGAGCUGUUUGUAUGUUAUCCAAUACUACCGCCAUUGCCGAAGCUUGGUCUAGACUGAACCAUAAGUUUGAUCUUAUGUACGCUAAGAGAGCUUUUGUACACUGGUAUGUAGGUGAAGGUAUGGAGGAAGGUGAGUUCUCAGAAGCUCGUGAGGAUUUAGCAGCACUAGAAAAAGAUUAUGAAGAAGUUGGAAUGGACUCUGGCGAAGGGGAAGGUGAAGGCGGUGAAGAAUAUUAAUUUUGAAUUCUUUAGAUAUAUUUUAAUAGGCUUUCAUAUUGAAAUCUCAUUCGAUUUAUUAGGAUUAUUAAAACAAAUUGACAAGU